AUGGACUCGGACGCGAGCCUGGUGUCGAGCCGCCCUUCGUCUCCGGAGCCCGAUGAGCUCUUCGUGUCGGCCAGGAGCAAGAGCGGCGGCGGGGGCUUCUCGGCGGGCGGCACCGUCUCCAGUUCGACGCCCAGCGAUUGCCCGGCCGAGCUGAGCGCGGAGCUGCGCAGCGCCAUGAGCGCCGCCGGGGUGGUGGUGGUGGACAAGCUGGCCUUCAAGUCGCCCUCGUCCUCCUCGUCCUCCUCCACCUCUUCCUCUUCCUCCUCCUCCUCUUCCUCGGCGUCCAAGAAGGACAAGAAGCAAAUGACGGAGCCGGAGCUGCAGCAGCUGCGCCUGAAGAUCAACAGCCGGGAGCGCAAGCGGAUGCACGACCUGAACAUCGCCAUGGACGGGCUGCGGGAGGUCAUGCCUUACGCGCACGGCCCUUCGGUGCGCAAGCUCUCCAAGAUCGCCACCCUCCUCCUGGCGCGCAACUACAUCCUGAUGCUCAGCAACUCGCUGGAGGAGAUGAAGCGCCUGCUCAGCGAGAUCUACGGCGGCGGCGGCGGCG